GGGCGGCGGGCGGGGCGCUACCGAAGGCGGCGGCCGGCCCGGCCCGCCCCGCUCGGCACCCGGAGAGCAGCGGGCGCCGAGCAGGGAGGCGCGGCAGAGCGGGCCCGGCCCACCGCCCUGGCAGAACGCAGCAUGUGGCGCUACCCGCUGGGGCCGCUGCUGCUGCUGCUUCUGCUGCUGCUGCUGCCCCCGCCCGGGGAGCUGGGCCGGACCUCGGGGCGGCGGCGGGGCCGGUGGCGCCGGGAGCUCGCGCCCGCCCUACACGCGCGGGGCAUCCGCGACGCCGGCGGCCGGUACUGCGAGGAGCAGGACCUAUGCUGCCGGGGACGCGCCGACAACUGCUCCAUGCCCUACCUGGGCGUCACCUGCUACUGUGACCUCUUCUGCAACCGUACCAUCUCCGACUGCUGCCCCGACUUCUGGGACUUCUGUCUCGGGGUGCCGCCCCCGCUGCCUCCCUACAAAGGAUGUUUGCAUGGGAGUCGCUUCUACCCGACCUUGGGGACAUACUGGGACAAUUGUAACCGUUGCACCUGCCUGGAGAAAGGACAGUGGGAGUGUGACCAGGAGCCAUGCCUGGUGGACCCAGACAUGAUCAACGCCAUCAACAAGGGCAACUACGGGUGGCGGGCCGGGAACCACAGUGCCUUCUGGGGCAUGACCCUGGAUGAGGGCAUUCGCUACCGCCUGGGCACCUUCCGCCCACCUUCGUCCGUUUCCAACAUGAAUGAAAUUCACAAGGUGCUGGGCCCGGGGGAGGCACUGCCCCGGAAAUUCGAGGCCUCUGAGAAGUGGCCCAACCUGAUCCACGAGCCUCUGGACCAGGGCAACUGUGCUGGCUCCUGGGCCUUCUCCACGGCAGCUGUGGCAUCCGAUCGGGUCUCAAUCCACUCUCUGGGCCACAUGACACCGGUGCUGUCGCCUCAGAACCUGCUGUCCUGCGACACCCACAACCAGCAGGGCUGCCGCGGGGGCCAUCUCGACGGGGCCUGGUGGUUCCUGCGACGUCGGGGGGUGGUGUCGGACCAUUGCUACCCGUUCUCAGGCCAGGAGUCCCAGGAGGCUGGACCUGCACCCCCUUGCAUGAUGCACAGCCGGGCCAUGGGCCGGGGCAAGCGCCAGGCCACUGCCCGCUGUCCCAAUAGCCACGUCCACGCCAAUGACAUCUACCAGGUCACUCCUGCCUACCGACUCGGCUCCAGUGAGACAGAAAUCAUGAAGGAGCUGAUCGAGAAUGGGCCUGUCCAAGCACUCAUGGAGGUGCACGAGGAUUUCUUCCUGUACCAGGGGGGCAUCUACAGCCACACGCCAGUGAGCCAGAGGAAGCCCGAGCAGUACCGGCGGCACGGGACACACUCGGUCAAGAUCACAGGGUGGGGUGAGGAGACACUGCCUGACGGAAGGACGCUAAAAUACUGGACUGCCGCCAACUCCUGGGGUCCAACCUGGGGUGAGAAGGGCCACUUCCGCAUCGUGCGUGGCGCCAACGAGUGUGACAUCGAGAGCUUCGUGCUGGGCGUCUGGGGCCGCGUGGGCAUGGAGGACAUGGGGCACCACUGAGGCCAUGAGCCACACCAGUGCUCACCUAACAGGGUGGCUGGUGAGGGGUCCCUAGGGGUGCCAGCAUGGCCUGAUGUUGCUGGAGCACCGAUGGGUGAUGGGGUGGAGCCCCCAGCUCAGGGGCUGCGGACACAGCGCCCAGCCUGGGGGUCCCGGGCAGGCGAGGCUGGCAGAGCCUCCGGACCUCCCAGCACGGCGGGGCAAGGCUUGGCCUGGAAGGAUCACACUCACUGACCCCAGGCCUCCUGGGUCCCCGCAAGACCAGCAAGGCCACUAUACCCCUGCCUUCAGCCCCUCUCCCACCCCACCCCUGUACUCUUCCUCAAAGAUAUUUAUUUUUCUUUUCACUGUUUUAAAAUAAAACCAAAAUCUGGCUAA